UGCAAUUUUCAGGUGAACUAACUCCUGCUCAACACUGGACAAUAUGUGUUCUAAUAAUUACAUCUUGAUUGAUAUUAAUUAGAAUGGAGAAGGACAAGGAUAAGGCAGGAAUUCCUCAUCUUCCAUCUAGGGCUAAAAACAAGAUGAUUCAAAUCCUUUUGGAAGAUUUGCCGAGUAAAGUAAGGAAUCUUGUGAGAAAUCCAAAGAAAGUGGAAACUGAAAUAGUGGCUUUGAAGAUAUCAUUCAUCAAGAAGGUCAACAAGGGGUCUAACAUUGUGAUAACGGACUUGUUGCGAGCAGGGUUGGCUGUAAUACCUUCUUAUUAGGACCAACUGCAUAUUGUGGAUAGAUGAAGGAAACAUCACGACAUUGAGAAUUGAUUUUUUUUAUCCGGAAGCAUUAUUUAAAUUGAGUUGCUCAAGGCCUUCUGACUAUGUUCAGGGCCUUAUUGGAGUCGUUUUACUUGCAUUGAACACCCUAAAAAUGAGAAGAUUAUGCCUAUUGAGCCAAACAUCGUUGAUUACAUCAAAUACGGAGAUCCAAAAUACCGCAAUACUUAUGUUAAGAAGGCUCUCGCAAGUGCAGUAGAAUGUGUUGCCUACAUAUUUGAGCAUAAUGUGUUGUAAUUUCCAAAAUUGUUUCAAAGUUUGUGAUAUGGUUGAGCUUAAAGAGUUUCAGAAGGAGCACCAGAGCAUUGUGAGCUCACUGUCUUCAUACGAGAGAUACUAUUGAAGUGCUGAUGGUGAUAGUAAGAGGGAGGUUUGUAAUGCGUCUUUAAGGUUUUCUGUACAGACAAUGAUUGCGGAUUGAACAUGGGACAAUUUAUUGACGAUGACUAUAUAUGUCUUUUCUAUUUUUAUUA